AUUAGGUUGGUGAUGUCACAAAAGAGAUUUUCAGCAGUGUUAGCAGGCUAUAUAUAGUUAUGACUAAAGAAAUGGACAAACGGCACCAUCUGAAAUAGCCACUCACCCUGGUGGAGAAUAUGAGUUACAGCGGAGCAAGAGGCGCAGAGCACAGCAGCAACUUGUCCUGUAAGCGGUGAAAUCAGAGCCUGGGUCUCUAAUCUCCAGGCUGUGGCCGUUGGGCCGCCGGCUUCUAGGGGCUACAAGCCCACCUCGGUCUCUUGUCGGCGUCCCGCGAGUCCUCCCGCGGGCUCCACGCGGCGGCCACAGCCCGCCCGCGCCACCUGGAGCUGGCAGCGCCGCCUCCUCGCUGGUCCCGCGAGGCACGUGGCAGGUGCGCGGGCGCCCAGUGUCCCCGCCCCCGCGCCCCACGCAGGGUGCCCGGCGCCCCGCAGCGGCAGGGCAGGUCGCGCAGCCUCCGCCGAGCCCGGGAAGCGCUCGGACGAAGAGGAGGAGCCAGGGGCACCGAGCGGGUGGAGUCGGGAGCACGAGAGCGGUGGAGGCGGAUUUCCUGGGCCCGGCUCGGUGGGGCUACUAUGGCGUUUGGGAAGAGUCACCGGGAUCCCUAUGCGACCUCCGUGGGCCACCUCAUAGAAAAGGCUACAUUUGCCGGAGUUCAGACUGAAGAUUGGGGCCAGUUUAUGCACAUCUGUGACAUAAUUAACACUACCCACGAUGGGCCAAAAGAUGCAGUAAAAGCUUUGAAGAAAAGGAUUUCCAAAAACUACAAUCAUAAAGAAAUCCAGCUUACCUUGUCACUUAUUGACAUGUGCAUGCAGAACUGUGGUCCAAGUUUCCAGUCUCUGAUUGUGAAGAAGGAAUUCGUUAAAGAUAGUCUGGUUAAGCUGCUGAACCCCAGAUACACCUUGCCCUUAGACAUUCAGAAUAGAAUCUUGAAUUUCAUUAAGACUUGGUCACAAGGUUUCCCAGGAGGUGUGGAUGUAAGUGAAGUGAAAGAAGUGUACCUUGACCUUCUUAAGAAAGGUGUUCAGUUUCCUCCCUCAGAUGCAGAGGCUGAAACAGCAAGACAAGAGACCGCUCACAUCUCGAACCCGCCAUCAUCUGUUCCAUCCGCACCAGUUCUUCCUACUGUGAUUGUUCCCAAGAGCUCUACUAUUACAUUGGUCCCAGAACAGAUUGGAAAGUUGCACAGUGAAUUGGAUAUGGCAAAAAUGAAUGUGAGAGUGAUGUCUGCCAUACUGAUGGAGAACAUUCCUGGGUCUGAAGACCGUGAAGACAUAGAGCUUCUGCAGAAGCUUUAUAAGACAUGUCGGGAGAUGCAGGAGAGGAUCAUGGACCUGCUUGUGGUGGUGGAGAAUGAAGACGUAACCAUUGAGCUAAUUCAAGUGAAUGAGGAUUUGAAUAAUGCCAUCCUUGGAUGUGAGAGAUUUACUCGGAACCAACAAAGGAUUUUGGAGCAAAACAGGAACCAGAGGGAAGAUGCCAAUACUACCAGUGAACCUUCUGCCCCAUCCUGUGAUCUCUUCGACCCAAGGCUCAGCCCUCCAAUGCCGAGGGCCACUCUGGGAGAACUCAACACCGUGAAUGCUCAGCUUUCAGACUUAAAUUUCAGGUCUCCGAGUCCUGUUGUAACAAACAACUUGAAACCCAGUCUUCAUCCACAGGUGGAUUUGCUAGCCUGGGAAGAUACAGAAACACCCCUGUUUGCCCAAAGGACCGGCCAAAACAUCACCGCAAACCAUACAUAUGAGAGCUUUCCAGAAUAUUCAAAUUCAGUACUACUACAGCCAGUUAAUGUGCAGAACGUUCCAGCAACACCAUCAAGCCAGAGACUGCCAUCCUUGCCCGUCAGUCAUCCAGAGCUGUUUAUGAAGAAAUUGAUGUUCAUCACCAGAAAGGAGCCCAAAGUCACAGUGACUGUUGAGGUUGUGAGUCUCUCGUUAUCCAGGAACGGAGAAAGAGAAGGAAAGGCUGAAGGCCGGCUGUCUUCUUCUUACACUAGGUGGAAGUGGGUGACCAGCUCACUAACUGCAUUUAGAGGUGUCACCUCUCCUGUGCAGCUUGGAGGCCCAGAAGACCAGACCUACCAGCACAUCAGAACCAUGGUGGAACAGUUCUCCUCUGCAGUAACAGAAGAGUAACAGUUCCAGAGUAACAUUUAUAUUUCCUGACCACAGCUUAAGCUUUAUUUUGAAACAACUUGGUUACAACGUAUAUUCACUUGAAACUUCAGAAGAAAAAUUCAUUGUACCUAGGCCAGCGGGUUUAAUUAUAACAUCUUAGGCUUCACAGGCCUUCCUACAUUUAGAAAAGAAAUUCUCACACUGCUGUGAUAAGAGUAGAUGAAGAUUAUUUUAUUACAAAAUAAUUAUGUAAACUAUUGAGUGCCUUCAUUUAAAGUUGAAUGUAAAAGUCAAUUUUUACUUUUUUUUUUAAUAAAGAAUACUUGUUUAGAAUUAGGACUUGUAAAAGCCUUGAUGACUGUAGUUUAUAUUUCAGGUACUGUGAAGAGGUCACUGGACUCUGUAUCAAGUUGCCUUUAAAUAUGGUUCUUUAUAAUACUAAAUGAUCUUUUUCUCCCCUUUUUACUGCAAUUAAUAUUUCUAUUUGAAACAAACGCUACUGAAAACAUUCAGAAUAUAUUGUACGUUUAUGUCAUAAAUUACAAUGAUAAAAAAAUUACCAUUAAAACAAUUUAAUACA